CGUCGUAUCAAGACAUUUCAGCCAUUAAUUAAUCACCUCAUUUACGAUUUAGUUUAGCUAAAAAGGGGUCUUAACAAAAUUAAACACUUUUUAAGUUCCAAAUGUCAAAAUCUUAAACAAUUAGGGAUCAAAUUACCAAUAAUGUAAACAUCUUUUACCGAGGUAAAUACAACCACACAGUCAUAACACUACAAAUAACACUCACACUGCCCACAGUGAAAAUUGACUGAAAUCAACAAGAAAAAUAAAUAUAAAAUGAAGAAUAUUCCGGUGAUACUUCUGGGUUGCGGCGGCGUAGGGCGGCAACUGCUUCACCACAUCGUUUCUUGCCGAUCACUUCACGCAAGCAAGGGAAUUUGCUUGCGAGUUGUGGGCGUAUGCGAUAGCAAAUCAUUUAUUGUGUCAUCAGAUGUGUUAUCUACAGAGUUUGAUGAUGCUUUUUUGCUGCAUAUUUGCCAGACCAAGGCAGAUAGGUUGUCCCUGGAAACGUGUAUCGAAUCUGGUAAAUGUGAAGGUUUUGCAUUUUCUGAUUCUGUGAGAAAACUUACCGACAUUGCUACUCGUCUAGGCUUUGUAAUUGUUGAUUGCUCUGCAAGUUCAGAGACCGUUGGGGUUAUUAGCCAGGUGGUAAAUUUAGGAUGCUGUGCUGUACUAGCCAAUAAGAAGCCUCUUACUUGUUCGAUGGAAGAAUUUGACAAAUUGUUCUUACAUCCACGUCGUAUUAGGCAUGAAUCAACUGUUGGUGCUGGCCUCCCCAUUAUAACAUCAUUAAAUCGUAUUAUUUCUUCUGGAGACACUGUCAGACUCAUAAUUGGGAGCUUGAGUGGUACCUUGGGCUACGUAAUGAGCGAGAUAGAAAAGGGAAAAGCAUUCAGCGAAGUUGUUAAAGCUGCUAAAGAUCUUGGCUAUACUGAACCAGAUCCUCGUGAUGAUCUAAGCGGGAUGGAUGUUGCAAGAAAGGGCCUGAUCCUUGCACGACUCCUUGGCCAACGUAUAGACAUGAAAACCGUCAAGAUCCAAAGCUUGUACCCUGAUAAUAUGGGGCCUGACAUGAUAUCUGUGGAAGACUUUUUAGUGAAUGGCUUACCGUUGCUGGAUAAGGGUUUUGAAGAAAGAAUCAAGAAAGCUUCUUCAAAUGGGAAAGUUCUGCGCUAUGUUUGUAUCCUACAGAACUCACGAUGCGAUGUCAAAAUUCAUGAAGUCGAGAAACAAUCUGCAUUGGGCCAAUUAAAAGGAAGCGACAAUGUGGUGGAGAUAUACAGUCGCUGUUAUGACCUACCAUUGGUGAUUCAAGGUGCUGGAGCAGGCAACGAUACUACAGCAGCUGGUGUUCUUGCUGACAUUCUUGAUCUUCAGGAUCUAUAUCCAUAGAGAAACAUGGAGCAAUAAUUUGGAAUUGAUUAGGUAGAUUAUGUUAUCCUUGUGAUCUUGAUCCCAGUUGAUGUUGAUAUACUUCAGGUCGAAGAUAAUUUUGCAAUGCACUUUAGUUCUAUAAUAGAUACAUUGCCCAGAAAGACUUAACUCAUAGUGAAAUGAGAUUUAUCAUGACAUAAUAUGAGAAGGGUUUAAAAUUUUA